AUGUUGAAAGGCCUUUCAGAGGUGGCGGCAAGAGGUGCCAAGACUGACAAAGGAUUCAAAGAGGUUGAAAAAUUGAAAGUUGCAAAGCGUAUAUCUUCUUUCGUUGGUUAUGACGUGUCUAUUACGCAAGUGCACAAUCAUAUUCGCAAGUGGAGGAAUAGGUGGACAAGGCUUGUCUAUUUGAAGGCUUUAAGUGGGGCACUUUGGGAUGAUGACAAGAAGAUGGUAGUGCUAGAAGAACAACACUAUUUGGGCCACACUCAGUUAAUUAUUUUUGUUCAAAUGGUGUUGCAGGAUCAUCCAGCAGAUGCUGAAUUGCUCAAUUCUCCACUGGAGAACUACGACUAUAUGGAACUUUGCUUUGCUAAUAAGCAUGCCACUGGGAAAUAUGCAAUGGGCCCCGGUGUGCCCCUAGGAACGCCUAUUGUUGUGGAAGACAAGGAUAAACCGAAUGUCAUGGAGGGGGAAGGAACAACGGAUGAGGUAUUGCAACAUCUUCCUGGAUCUAACUUUGUACUUCCUACUGCUAGUGCCACUCAGGACCCUUCUCCUACUUCAAAUAAGAAGAGAAAGAGGGCAUCUGGCUUGACAGAGGAGGACUCAAUCCAGUGUAGCAACAUGACUGAUGCUAUGCGUGAGAUUGCAAGUGCUAUCAACAACACUUGCCAUGCUGAAACACACCCUGACUUGUACAAGGGCAUAUCGGCAUAUUUCCUUCAUAAUCAAGAUGAGCGCUUGGCUGUUUUAGAUUAUCUCACAGAACAUAAGGCAAAAGGCCUUAACUUUGUGAAGAUGGAUGAUGAAGUCCGAAAAGCAUCGUUCAAGCGAAUCUUGAAAGCCAAUCCUGGUCUUCUUUGA